CCAAUUAAAGAUUGACUGUAUAGUACUAUCUACAGGACAAUAUUCAUGUAUUUAUAAAGGAGAUACAUUACUUUAUAAUCUUUGUAUUCAUUCGUUCAUUUGUCACUUUUGCUAUUAAAAUCAGUUGGCAAUUAAACAUUGCUGAUACAAGAUAUUUAUCAAUUACAUAUUGGAUACUGAUAUUUAGGCUUUUAUAAUUAUGUCUGUUGCAGAGUUUUUGAAAGGUUUACCAUCACACAAUGAAAACAAUUUUGCCAAUUUUCACACAGAUAAUGGUAAUAGAACUUGUGUAAAAAGGCCAUCGGUUUAUUUACCAACCAAAGACUAUCCUUCUGAACAAGUUAUUGUCUCGGAAACAACCACCAUUCUUUUAAGAUAUCUUCAUCAAAAGUGGGAUAAGAAGGAUGUCGAAAGAAAAAGAGAAUUAUUAUCUGCAAGUGAUUCAGCAGAUGAAGCUAAUGUCCGACGUGGUAAAAGGGCACGACUUGAACUAAACGAUCUUUAAUAAGAUAAAUUUAAGAGUUUUUUCGAUAAUAAGGUUUUUUUACUGCGUGGCUUAAAAUUUUAAUUUCAUUCAUAAUUAUUGUGUGGUGAAAUUUUCAGUAUAACAUUCCACAUUUAUCUAUCUACUUCAUUGUUUCGUCUAGAAAUCACAUAAUUUUUUGGUUCAUUUAUAUCAAUUUUAUUUUUUCGUGCUUUUAUUAUUGAUUAAUUUUUUUAUUGAAUUAUAAAUGAAUUAUCACAUAGACUAAUAAUGUAUAAAUAAUUAUCAUAACGCUGAAAAUCAUUUGUGUGCAAUGAAUGCAUGACAAGAA